AUUCCGGAGGUGGCGAAAUCCCAAGCAGAGCCAUCAUCGUCACCAAUAUGUUGUAUUGUAAGAAUGGAAGAAAACUAGCAGGCAAGCUAUUUCAGAGGAGUGGUGUUUACUUCAUCUCGGUCAGAUACAAAUGCACAGUAUAGUCACAAUGCAGGGUUUACAUAGGGUCGCACUGCCACCUACUGGCAUGAUAUAUUUAUGACAUAAAAAGUCUGACAGGGAAGGAGAAUGGACUAUAGAUACUGUGGAUAAUGAAAUGUACAUGGCAUGAUAACCAUCAGUGUUUAUACUAUGGUAUACAGUGGAAGUGGUAUACUACUUCAACCUUAACCCUACCUACUCAGGGCAUCCACUUCACUUUAUGAUCAUCUGAAGGUGUUUAUUAACAGUGUGCUUUAGGGUGGACUUCCUCAUGAAAGAGUUUUGUUUCUACUGGUAAGUCUCUUUCUACUGCGUUGACUAUCAAGUCAAUUUUGAACGCAUGUAUUAAAAAACAAUACAUGAAAUCAUGCUGUAGUUGUCAUUGGACAGGUGGAGGCAACAAGUAGUGGUGUGAAAAUAAGAGAUGUCAGGGGAUUAGGAAAGCUCCAAAGAGAAAGAAUGAGAGGAGGAGGAGGGACGGGUGUGAUAAAGAGAAGACACAUCCUAAAAAAGAACAAAAAAGGACAAGAGGAGCUUCGUCUUCACAGAGAGUCUUCCUCUGUUGUUGACUACUACGUUUAUAAUCUACACCAGUGAUGUGCCAAAUGAGGUCACACACACUCCUAACACUCAUUCACAAACUAUGUGGCAAUCUGUGAUCGGAAGAUGGGAUCACAACACAUAUAGACAUGAUCUUCUAUUGUAAAAGACUUCCUGCAUUAAUUAAUAUAAAUGUGUGAAUGUCUGGAUUUGUGUGUGUGCGUGUGUGUGUGUGUUAACUUUCUAGGAGAAGUUUACUCAGGUCGACGUUUUGAUUCUCAUGACAGCUGCUGUGUGUCAUGAUCUCGAUCACCCCGGAUUUAACAACACGUACCAGAUAAACGCCAGAACAGAGUUAGCAGUUCGCUACAACGACAUCUCCCCUCUGGAGAACCACCACUGUGCUGUGGCUUUCCAGAUUUUCUCUCAGCCUGACUGUAACAUCUUCUCCAAUUUUGACCCUGAGGCCUUCAAACAGAUACGACAAGGAACCAUCACACUGAUCCUGGCUACAGACAUGGCACGACACGGUGAGAUCCUGGACUCUUUCAAGCAGAAAGUCGACAAUUUUGACUACACAGAUGAGGAGCAUGUCACCUGUCUGAAGAUGGUGCUCAUCAAGUGUUGCGACAUCUCCAAUGAGGUGCGGCCCAUGGAGGUGGCUGAGCCCUGGGUCGACUGCCUGCUGGAGGAAUACUUCAUGCAGAGCGACAGGGAGAAGGCUGAAGGGCUUCCCGUGGCUCCCUUCAUGGACAGAGAAAAGGUCACCAAGCCGACGGCUCAGAUUGGCUUCAUUAAGUUCGUCCUCAUCCCCAUGUUUGAGACUGUGAUGAAGCUGUUCCCACAGAUUGAGGAAGCCAUGGUGCUGCCACUCAGGGAGUCAAGAGACCGAUACGAAGAGCUCAAACAGAUUGAUGAUGCCAUGAAUGAGGUGCAGAAAAAGAAAAGUGAGAACUUGACCAUGGGAGGGAAGAAGAAAUAAGACAUUUCUGAAGAGGUAGGAAAGAAGAGAACCUGAAGUGCACGGCCAGGCCUCUAACUGGGACAAACACAGAUUGUUUUUAUAAUUCUAAUCUGUGUAUUUCAGCAUCAGCGAGUGUAGAGCACCGGUGUGAAGCAGUGUGACAUAAAGUAAAUGGAGUUGUCAGACACACUGGUCCAUUAUGGGCUGAAGGCUUUCCAUCACUGUGUCCUCUCCUCCCUUGUUGUUGUUGAGGAGCAGAGGAGCAACAGGAUGUAUGAUGAGGGAAAAUCAUGGGAAUUUCCAUUCAGUCACAGAAAUGUGAUGGAUGUGAGAUGCGUUACAAACUACUGAUGGACUCAAGGACCAGAUGGACUAUCCAAAGCCUUUUUUAGGGAAAUGUCAACAUUUGUACUGCACAGCCUACUUCAGUGAACAAUAUUUAGAUACAUAUCUUCUAUCAUAUGUUUUUUAUUUUAGAUGUGUUGUUUUUUUUAUAGAUUGUACAAAUUUUUAGUGACCUUUGCUCAUUCCUACAAAAUAAAUAAAUAAAAGGAUUACUUUAA